AUGGUGUGCAGUUUACUGGUUAAACACGUUAUCCAUGUCUUGGAUUCUGACAUAGAAAGAGCUUCUAAUAUUUGUGAUGUAACCAUAGUCUUUUUUGGCCGUAAGCCAAAACCCAGAGCAGAAAUAGCGAAAGAACAACGCUGCUUUCACAAUAAUUUUAUAGACUUCCACGGGAAGGCUUCAGAUGCUGGUUACGGCUAUCAUUUCGUCAUCAUGAUAUCAAAGGGCACCCUGUGCGCCUCACUUUCCUUUUGGUACAAUAACGUUGGCAAUAACAUUCAAACCCCACUUGAGCAUCUUACAACAAAAACAACCCGUCCCGCUUCUCGUCAAUCAUUCUGCUCUUCUCAGUUCAAACACAUUCAAUUGCCAAUUAGCAUGCAAAGUUUUCACAUUCGCUAUGGUGCACACACGCCGAUCCCAGGGAGGAGUCUUAGAACUGAAAUCCGCUCCCCAGAAACGAAGCGACAAUAUAGCUUCAAAAAUCAGCAAGAAACGUCCUGCAAUGCGAUUAAAGUUGUUACCAAAACUCCGUUUACUAGGUACUACUUUAAUGAGCUGGCAUUCGUCAACUGGAUCAUGACCCACAACUAUUGGAUUGGUAGAGAUUUUAGACGUAACCGCCUAGGAAAGAUCACGUAUCCCUGUUAUAUGUUUCCGUAUGUCACUGAUGAGGCAGAGAGCUUCGAAUAUCUGACUGAUGUUGAUGAUUUUUCAAGCGAAAGCGCUACUACACUGGAACGAGAUGAAUUGGUGAGUCUUGAAGUUGGCUAUUUUAGCCAAUUACCAGAACGUCCAGAGUCCUCUGGGCCAUUCGAAUACCUUUUCGGUGAGCUACCGGGCGAAUCUGGGUGUAAUCUGGAUCUGAAUCCUUCGAAUCCAAAUCUCAGCAAACAAGUCCUACCACCAAAAGCUCCAAGAGUUAAGAAGGAAACCGACUGCUACGCUUGCGCUAUGAAAGACCUCAUUGCCCGCUAUUGGGGCGACAACGACCUAGCUAACUUAAUUCCUAACCACGCCGCGGAACUCCGUCGCAUGGCCGGCUUUGGAUUCCGCAAAAAGGAGUUCACAUUCGGACAAAACGAAGAUAGCAACGAGUACUGUGAGCAGUUACUUACCGGCUUUGCUGCUUCUACGAGGUACAUAAGUAAUUCCCCACACCGCCCAUAUCAUAAAAUUGAUCUUACAAAGUAUCAAACCACCUACUCAUCCGAGCAGUCGACUUUGCCAUUGCGGUACAGGCUACCAAGCAUAAUAUCCCACUCAAGCAAAGCUGUCCAUAGCGGGCAUUACAUUGCCACCAUCAAGGGCGCUGACAUCGAUAUCCCAACCACUGAUAAAAGUGAAGGUGUCCAGAAACAACCGCAAAUCUGGUGCUUCUCAGAUGAUGUCAGAGAGAACUGGAUGCGAGCGCCGCAUAAGUUUCUGCAGAAUCCCCUAACGCCGCGGUAUUCGCCCCAGAAGUUCAAAAAGUUGGAAGCCCUGGUUUCUGAGACGUUAGAAGCUUUGGGUGAAGGCAAAGUAUAUGGUUUUCCACUUUAUUUAGUUUCCGUUUUUGCUUUGCUAGUCACUCUCUUUUCCUCUUUUGCUAUAAAAUCGAUGAAUUUGAAGUUUUCAUAA